AACAGGUGAAACAGCCACAUCAGGUGAGAAUGAACACAGCACAAUCUCUGGAGGGAUGAGCACACUUGUCAAUACUGGAUUUAGCACAACCUCUGGUGGAACAAGUAUAGUCUCCAACACUGGAUCUAGUGUGACCUCUAGUGGAACCAGCACAGCCUCCAGCACUGAAUCCAGUGUGACCUCCAGUGGGGCCAGCACAACCUCCAGUACUGAAUCUAGCACAGCCUCCGGAGGGACCAGCACAGCCUCCAGCGCUGAAUCCAGUGUGACCUCCAGUGGGGCCAGCACAACCUCCAGUACUGAAUCUAGCACAGCCUCCGGAGGGACCAGCACAGCCUCCAGCGCUGAAUCCAGUGUGACCUCCAGUGGGGCCAGCACAACCUCCAGUACUGAAUCUAGCACAGCCUCCGGAGGGACCAGCACAGCCUCCAGCGCUGAAUCCAGUGUGACCUCCAGUGGGGCCAGCACAACCUCCAGUACUGAAUCUAGCACAGCCUCCGGAGGGACCAGCACAGCCUCCAGCGCUGAAUCCAGUGUGACCUCCAGUGGGGCCAGCACAACCUCCAGUACUGAAUCUAGCACAGCCUCCGGAGGGACCAGCACAGCCUCCAGCGCUGAAUCCAGUGUGACCUCCAGUGGGGCCAGCACAACCUCCAGUACUGAAUCUAGCACAGCCUCCGGAGGGACCAGCACAGCCUCCAGCGCUGAAUCCAGUGUGACCUCCAGUGGGGCCAGCACAACCUCCAGUACUGAAUCUAGCACAGCCUCCGGAGGGACCAGCACAGCCUCCAGCGCUGAAUCCAGUGUGACCUCCAGUGGGGCCAGCACAACCUCCAGUACUGAAUCUAGCACAGCCUCCGGAGGGACCAGCACAGCCUCCAGCGCUGAAUCCAGUGUGACCUCCAGUGGGGCCAGCACAACCUCCAGUACUGAAUCUAGCACAGCCUCCGGAGGGACCAGCACAGCCUCCAGCGCUGAAUCCAGUGUGACCUCCAGUGGGGCCAGCACAACCUCCAGUACUGAAUCUAGCACAGCCUCCGGAGGGACCAGCACAGCCUCCAGCGCUGAAUCCAGUGUGACCUCCAGUGGGGCCAGCACAACCUCCAGUACUGAAUCUAGCACAGCCUCCGGAGGGACCAGCACAGCCUCCAGCACUGAAUCCAGUGUGACCUCCAGUGGGGCCAGCACAACCUCCAGUACUGAAUCUAGCACAGCCUCCGGAGGGACCAGCACAGCCUCCAGCACUGAAUCCAGUGUGACCUCCAGUGGGGCCAGCACAACCUCCAGUACUGAAUCUAGCACAGCCUCUGGAGGGACCAGCACAGUCUCCAACCCUGGAUCUAGUGUGACUUCCAGUGGGACCAGCAUAGCUGCCAACACUGCAUCCAGUGCAACCACAGGAGUCUUUAGCACACAUUCUCCAACUGGAACACAUACAACUUCCCAUAGGGUUGGCACGAGUGCUACUACUCCAGUGAAUGAAAUGAUACCCAGUGGGUCCCUGAAACCAUGGGAAAUCUUCCUCAUUACUCUGGUCUCAGUUGUAGUGGCUGUGGGAUUCUUUGCUGGGCUCUUCUUCUGUGUGAGAAACUCCCUGUCCCUGAGAAACGUCUUUGACACAGCUGUCUACCACCCCCAUGGCCCCAACCUUGGCAUGGGCCCUGGAGGGAAUCAUGGAGUCCACCACAGGCCUAGCUGGAGCCCUAACUGGUUCUGGAGGAGACCAGUAUCUUCAGUAGCCAUGGAGAUGAGAAGGGGAUACAAUGGGCCCUGAAUGGCCCCUGAAUCCAGAGUGCCACCUUUUUAAGGAGGAAGCCAACCAGGGAGACCAGGGAUCUGAGUGUCCUUUUAUUUGUCCUCAGGAGUCCCCUCCCAGUUUUGUCUGGGUCUCUGACAGCCCUGGGGAAGACAUUCCCUGUCUCUUGCUUUUACUAAACUGUGGAAAGAGGACAUUCUAUUGGUC